AUGGACCAACUCACCUCUGAGAUCUUUUCCAUUCUUGAAAACAAUUUCUUGUUUCCUUCACCCGCUAAACAACCACCUAUCAACUCCUCCUCCGCCGCCGGAAAAGUCAGGGUUCUCUCUAUCGACGGUGGUGGCGCUACUGAUGGUGUCUUAGCUGCCAACUCAAUUCUACAUCUUGAGUCAUCUCUCCGACGUAAAUCUGGAAUUCCCGACGCCUGCAUUUCCGACUUCUUCGACGUCGUUGCCGGGUCCGGUAUUGGUGGCGUUCUCGCCGCGCUCUUGUUUACAAGAGGGAAAGACGGUGGACCGCUUUUCACCACCGACGAGGCGUUGAGAUUUGUUGCUGAAAAGGGGACCAAACUUUCUCGUUUUUCUAAACAAGGGAUUUUCCGGCGGAUUCUCAGGUCUCCGGCGAAGGGAGCUAAGGUGUUUCGUCGGACGUUUGGGGAUUUAUCGUUGAAGGACACUGUAAAGGCGGUUUUGAUCCCUUGUUACGAUCUCACCACAGGUGCGCCUUUUGUGUUUUCUCGUGCGGAUGCUGUGGAAAUGGACGGUUGCGAUUUCAAGAUGAGUGACGUCUGUGCUGCCACGACGGCAGUUAGUGGGCCUAUCGCGACGGUGUCGGUGGAUCGGAGAACAAAGAUCGCCGCCGUUACUGGUGAGCUUGCGAUGAACAAUCCGACGGCAAUGGCGAUCACCCACAUCCUCAAUAACAAGCAAGAGUUUCCGUUGUGUAACAGUGUCGAAGACUUGCUUGUGGUGUCACUAGGCAACGGAGAACCGUUCUGUGGUGUCGCCGGGAAUCAGACGCCGUCCCGGACGGCGUUUGUUAAGAUCGUCGGAGAAACAGUUUCGGACACGGUUGAUCAAGCGGUAUCGAUGGCAUUUGGGAAAUCUCGAACGACUAAUUACGCUCGUAUUCAAGCAAAUAAGGGUUAUAUAAAUACCGAACACCAAAAAGAUAUGUUAAAAAUGACGGAUCAAAUGUUGGCACAAAGAAGCGUAGAAUCAGUAUUAUUUCAAGGGAAGAAGUGCAACAACACCAAUUUGGAUAAGUUGGAGCUUUUCGCAACGGAAAUUGUUAAGGAAACCGAAAGACGGAAAACAGAUAUAUUACCUGUCGUUGUGUUAAGACAAACAACUACACCGUCCUCGCCACGAACAUCCUCUGCUACGACCUUAUCUGUCACGUCUUCAAAUUAGUUUUUGGAUUUGCUACGUUUUGGAAAUGCAGUCGAUAUUGUUGAGGGAGAUAGUGAUUGUGCUUGGUUACAAAUCCCGAAUUACGGAGAUUUUUUUCUUAAUGUUUGAGGUUUGUGUUUUAGUGUAUAACCGUUAUGAUAUAUAACGGUUUAAUUGUGCAUAUAUAAAGAUUCGAGGGUUUGUAAUGAGGGUUUUUUGUUCGGUCCCAAGAAGAUCUAAUUUGUAGUUAUGUAAUACGAGUGAUAAAAAUGUAUUUCUCCGGACCAAA